AUGACAAAAUUAUAUUUAUAUUUCGCCCUGUGUUGUUUGUUAGAUGUGUGUGUGGGACAAAUUGUGCAAGAUGGACAGUGUAACAACAACAUAAUAUUUCAGCCAAAUUUUAAUUUGGAAUCGUUUCCAGGAACUUGGCACGAAUUACUAAGGACAGACAACCCGAAUCAACGUGGCGAAUGUUCGUCGUUUAUAAUCACUGAUAAUAAUAAUAAUGGCACAUUGGAUGUUCAGUACCGCAAAGUUAACUCGAACUUUGUACAAUAUAUUAACGGUACACUGACGCCUCAACUGAACGCCAUAUCAAACACCUCACGGGAGUUUACAUUGGACAUUCCCUUUUUUGAAACCCCUAUCGACUUCAUCAUCACUUUCAACGAUGAUCAACUGACAACCGUUUCUGUUGCUUAUUCUUGCCAAAACAUUGAUACGCAGAGAAGAAGUAUACAAUUAUGGAUCCUUGGGCGAAACAAUGCUCAGCUAAGUUUUGCAAUGGAACACGUCCUAAACAUGCAUCUAAGCGAAACUUUUGGUGUUCAGUUAAGUAAUCUUACGACUGUGAAUCAAAGCGAGCUUUCUUGUUUCGUACUUCCCGUUAUUCCACCUGGAGAAGCUAUUAUAAUACCUGGGACCUGUAAUAAUGAUAUACCAGUACAACAGGCAUUUAAUCCACUUCUAUUUGGAGGAACUUGGCAUCAAAUUGCAAGCUAUUUCACCGAGAGCUCCUCCGGCGGUUGUGUAAGGGCAGAAUAUUAUCUUGAUGGUGGAGUUGUCGAUGUACUCAAUACCCAAGUGAUCGACCAGACUCUACAAACCAUCACAGGAAAUGCUACAAUAAUCAGCAAUGAUGGCAGUGCAAGAUUAAGAGUCUUAUUAGAUGUAGCAGGCGCAACUCUUGAACAGGAAUUGUGGAUACUUGCCACGGACUAUCAAAAUUAUGCAGUUUCUUAUAGCUGCGAGACUCUACCUAAUAAUCAAAGACGACUUUAUAGUUGGAUUUUGAGCAGACAACGUACACUAAAUCAAACAGCACAAAUAGAAGUCAAUAAUCUCAUCGAUUCGAUCUUAGAAUUGAAUAACAUUUACUAUUUACCAACCGAUCAGUCCCUUCAAGGUUGUUUCUUUCUCCCGGAGCCAAAUGGCAGACCAGUCGUGUUUAGGGGACAAUGUGAAAUGAAUAAUGCUUCAGCAAUGACAAACUUUACCGCUGAAGAGUAUAUGGGAUUAUGGCAUACUAUAGAAUUAUACCCAAGUUUCUUCCAAGAGGGCAGCUGCAGCAACGCUCGCUAUUCCCUAAAUGGACGAGUGGACGUUGUUAAUACCCAAGUCAUAAAUACAACUCUCGAAACUUUCACUGGUUUUGCUGUACCUGCUUCUGAUGACGGCACUGCUAAAUUCCUAGUGACUUUCCCAGUAAUGGGGAACACUCAAACUGAUUAUUGGGUGUUGGACACAAAUUAUACUUCUUAUGCACUGGUUUAUUCUUGUGCUAAUAUAGAUGAAGAAUACAUGCGAGUAAAUAGCUGGAAAUUAAGUAGAAGUAGAACGUUGACUGCUGAGGAUAGACUUGCUAUCGAUAGAGUCAUCAGUACUACCAACGUAUUGAAUCAACAAUACUAUGAAGCAGAAAACCAGACAGAAGAAGAUUGUUUCUUUAUUCCCACUCCAGAAGAAGGAGUGCCUGUUGUGUUCCCUGGUCGAUGCGAUCCUAACCUUGGCAUGGAAAACUUCAAUCUCACGUUGUUCGCUGGUACAUGGUAUGAAAUCCAAGCGUAUCCUAAAAUUGAACAAACAGGACAAUGCAUCAGUCACGAGUACAGUGACAUCAGUGUCUCUGAAUUAAGUUUCGUGUCUUCGAGUGUCACGGACAAUUUCCUUUUGCAAAGCCAGGGCAGAUUGAUCUCUACCAAUGGUACUGGGAGACUGACUAUCAAUAUUACUAGUGGUCCUGAACCUAUUGAAAUACCUUUCUGGAUCAUAGAUACAGAUUACGAUAAUUAUGCGUUAGCAUAUGCAUGUGUCGACCAACCCGGGGACUUGAGAGCAGUAUGGAGUUGGAAACUCAGCAGAACGAGAGAACUAUCUGUCACAUCUGAAACAGCCAUAAAUAUUGCCAUAGCAGAUAUUGAUGUACUUGAUAGUAAAUAUUUUUGGGAUAUUGAUCACUCCAACGAAACUUGUUAUGUUUUACCCGUAAUUCCCCCUGGUGAACCAAUUAUUCUUCCUGGACAAUGUGAUCCUAACAUUAUGAGGGUACAAAGCUUUAACCCGAUAUCGUUUGGAGGAACUUGGCAUCAAAUUUCAAGUUAUUUUAGCGAGAGUUCGCCGGGUAGCUGUGUUAGAGCAGAAUAUGCUCUAAAUGGUGGAGUUGUUGACGUACUCAACAGUCAAGUGAUCAAUCAGACUCUUCUAACCAUCACGGGAAAUGCCUCAAUCAUCAGCAAUGACGGCAGUGCACACUUAGGAGUCACAUUAAACGUUCCUUCUAAUCAAGUUGUGCAACAGGAAUUGUGGAUACUUGCCACGGACUAUCAAAAUUAUGCAGUUUCUUAUAGCUGCGAGAAUCUACCCAAUAAUCAAAGACGAAUUUUUAGCUGGAUUUUGAGCAGGCAACGUACACUAAAUGCAACAGCACAAAUAGAAGUCAAUAAUGUCAUUGGUUCGUUAUUAGAACUAAAUAAUGCUUACUUUUUAUCCACCGAUCAGUCCUCUGAAGGUUGCUUCUAUUUCCCUGAAGUAAAUCCUGAUGCCCCAGUCAGAUUCCGAGGGAAAUGCGAUGAGAGUAUACCAGCUGUGCCCAAUUUCAAUCCCGUUCAGUACAUGGGCUUAUGGCAUGACAUUCGUUCAUAUCCAGAAGACUUCCAAACUGGUACAUGUCAGAAUGCUAAUUACGAGCUCGUUGGCAGCGUAGUCGAUGUACUCAAUACACAAGUCAUUAACCAAACACUAGACACUAUGACCGGUAUAGCUGUAAUUGCUAGUGAUGAUGGAAGUGCUAGACUGAACGUAACAUUUAAUGUUGGUGGUAUAGAUGUGACCACAAACUACUGGGUUCUUGCGACCAACUACAGCUCUUACGCUCUAGUCUAUUCCUGCAGACAAGUGGACGAGGACUAUUAUCAAGUUUCAUCGUGGCAACUGAGCCGGACUAGGGAAUUAACAAAUGAAUCUAUCACCGAGAUUAAUGCUGUGAUUGACACAAUCCCGGUUCUUGAUGAAAGAUACUACCUAAAUCGAUUACAAAGUCCAGAGGACUGUUUCUAUUUCCCGGAACCAGAACCAAAUACACCUGUCAUUUUCCGUGGACAGUGUGACGAUAAUAUUGCAGCCAUAUCCAACUUCAAUGAGACACAGUUUGCGGGACUAUGGCACGAGAUAGAAAAAUACCCUUACGGUCCAAAUGACAUCUGCAUCGAUCAUCGUUUCGAGCUUGGAUCUUCAUCUAUAUUCAACCACAAUUCCUUCCAUGUUCUGAAUGAAACACUUUUGUUGGUUAAUAACAGCACCGUGAAUCUCACUUCAACUGACGGCACUGGCAGACUGACAAUUGAUAUUGUAGUAAACGGAACAGUUCAAACAAUACCGUUCUGGAUCCUUGACACGGACUACAACAAUUACGCCCUGGCUUACGGCUGCCGCAAUCUUGAAAAUGAUUAUAGGCAAAUUUACAGUUGGAAACUAAGCAGGACAAGGCAAUUGACUAAUCAGAGUGCAACAGCUAUCGAUGCUUCGAUGAGCAAUAUCGACGUUUUGGACAACAGAUAUUUCGACACCAUACAGCAGACUGAUGAGGAUUGCUUCUACUUGCCUGAGAUAGGGCCAAAUGAUCCUGUUACUUUUAUCGGUCAAUGCAAUCCAAACAUUCCAGUUGUAACCGAUUUCAAUGCAACGGCGUAUUUGGGAACCUGGCGAUUAAUAGAGACUUACUUUGCUGACUUCCAAAUGGGUACUUGUAACACAGCACACUACAGUGAAGGCAAUAACUCUGUUUUGGUCGUGAACACACAAGUUAUUAAUCAAAGGCUAGACAAAAUGAUUGGGUCAGCUGUUCCAGCGGGCACUGAUGGAUCAGGAAAACUACUUGUCACUUUCCCAACUAGUCCGACACCUUCAGAUUAUUGGAUAUUGGGAACAGACUACACGUCUUACGCACUAGUUUAUUCUUGCUUGAAUAUUGGUAACGACCGAAGAAGAGUGUGGAGCUGGAAAUUGAGUCGCACAACUUCCCUAACACCUAACGCAACAACUGCCAUCAACAAUAUUGUGGAUAGUAUCGACGUGCUCAAUGAAAGAUUUUACCAAACCGUAAAUAAUUCUGACGUUGGGUGCUUCUUCUAUCCAGUACCUGACCCAAACUCCCCUGUUAUCUUCCCUGGACAAUGUGACACGACUAUUACGGCUAUGGCAGAAUUUGAUGCUGAAAGAUACCUAAAUAUAUGGUAUGACAUCGAAUCAUAUCCAGCGCCCUUCCAAACUGGAACUUGCAGCAGGGCUAAUUACACCCUUAAUGAUGACGGAUCAGUACGUGUAGAAAACACUCAAGUUGUAAAUCAACUCUUGGAGACUUGGAUUGGAACUGCGAUGAUAGCAAGUGAUGACGGAACCGCUAAACUGAAUGUCACCUUUAAUGUUAAUGGAGUAAAUGUUACGACCAACUUGUUGGUGCUGGACACUGAUUACGAUUCAUACGCUUUGGCCUAUUCUUGUGAGAACAUCAGCCCAGAUUGGAGAGUAGUUUUCAGUUGGAAACUAAGCAGAUUUACGACAUUAACAGCAAAUGCUACUCAAGCUAUUAACAACAUUAUCGACUCCAUACAAGUUCUGAGACAGAAGUACUUUGUACCGAGAGGUCACACUGAAGAAGAUUGUUUCUACUAUCCUGAUAAUAAUGGGGGUGAUGUCAUAUUAAAUGGCCAAUGUUUAAAUCAUAGUGCAGUUCCUGCAGUCACGGACUUUAACGCGAACUUGUUUGCGGGCAGAUGGUUCGAAGUAUCACGUUUUCCAUCCGAUGUGCAACAAGGUCAAUGUUUCACGUCGAAAUACAGCUUAAAUGGAACAAAUGCAUUAAUACUAGAACGUAGUUUCGUGUUUAAUGAAAUUCAGUUUAAUUCUACUACAGAAGCAACGGUGUCCGCUGAUGGUAGAGGUGUCAUCAGUGCCAAUAUUAACGGAGUUCCGUUUACUGAUGUAUAUAUUUUGGGGAUUGACUACCAAGAUUUUGCAUUGACAUACAGCUGUAGAAAUCUAGACGAAAAUCGAAAACAAAUUUUCAGCUGGAUAUUAAGUAGAUCACCAGAUGGUAUUUCGGCCGCUGCACAGAACAUUACAAGCGAACUUAUCAGCUCGAACAUUGAUCUAUGGGAAGGCUACUACGAGCCCACCGGACAAGACGACGAUGCUUGCUUCUUCUACCCACCGCUCGAUCAACUUCCAGGUGUUGUGGAAUUACGAGGACCUUGCCCCACUAAUAUUCGUGGUGUGCCCAACUUUAAGGCAGAGGAUUACUUAGGAAGGUGGUUCGAAACUUCAAGAUACUUUGUUCAAGAUCAAGUGGGCCAAUGUAACCGUGCUGAAUACUCUGUUGACAAUGCCACGCAGAGGGUAGCCGUAUUCAACAGCGAAGUCCUAAAUCAGACACUUUUGACUCAAUUAGGAUAUGCUAUCGUCGCAUCUACUGAUGGCACCGGCGAAUUAAGCGUGGACUUCAACGUCAAUGGAGUACAAUUCACAGCAAAUUACUAUAUACUUGCAACGGAUUACACUUCAUACUCCUUGGUCUACAGUUGCACCAACAUAACAGGUGGAUGGAGACGAGUCAGUAGUUGGCAACUAAGUAGAAAUAGGACUUUGUCAAGUGACGCAGUAGAGGCAAUGGCCCCUGUAAUUAAUGCCACUCAGGGACUACUUGACAAGUAUUACCAGCCUACAAGCCAAUCAGAUGACGAUUGUUUCUACAUACCCUACAAUUACACUGACCGAACACCGCGAUUCAGAGGACAAUGUGAAAAUGUCACCGGCGUUGCUAAUUUCAACGUUUCAAGUUACUUAGGUUGGUGGCAUGAAAUAGAAAGGUAUCCUGUUGAUGAUCUUGAGGUUGGUCAAUGUCGAAGCUCUGAAUAUAAUCAAGGUGGUGACGCAUACUUGGUGGUUGAUAAGUGGGUUCGAGACAUCGAAGGAACGAACCAAGGUUUUGUUCGGGCAGGAACAGUGACAGCAACUCCUGAGGGCAAGUUAGUUAGGACAAUGUCUAAUGGUAAAACUCAAGAUAUCUGGGUCCUUGCAACUGACUAUGAAACAUACUCUCUACUUUACGCUUGUGAACAAGAUGAGAACGACGAAUAUAGACAAGUUUGGAGUGCUAAACACAGUAAAUCCCGUUCGUUACCAGAAGAUGCCCAGGAAAUAAUGUCCCCAAUAAUUGCAAAUAACUCAGUAUUGUUCCCACAAUUCUAUCAAAAUGUUGACCAGAGCGAUGACACAUGCUUCCACUAUCCAACGAUAGCAGAGGGAGAGGCCGUAAUAAUACCUGGCCAGUGCAAUUUAACUAUACCCGUGAUGAGUGACUUGAAUAUUAAUGACUUUUCGGGAACAUGGUUCGAAAUGGCGAGGUAUGAUGCGGUUAAUGGAAGCUCUUGUUCGGGUUACAUAUUUACCGUAGACCAAAACAGUGGAACUAUUCAAGUUCUGAAUUUCGAAGUCCGUGACGGAGAACUUAUAACCACAGAAGGUGAAGCCACAGUCACUCAGGGUAGCGGCUUAAUCCAGGUUACAAUGCCAACUGCAGAAGGCGUCAAUACGACAACAAGUUGGUACAUUUUGAGAACAGACUACACAGGCUAUGCGGUGGCGUACAAUUGCGUCAACGUCAAUAAUUACAGACGUCAAAUUCGUGCUUGGACGUUAAGCCGUGACCGUCCAUUGACUACUGCAAGCAGUCAGGCGAUACAAACUUUAAUAGGAGAAAGACAAGAGCUUAAUGAACAGUAUUUCAGGACAAUUGUCCAAAGCGAAGAUUGUCCCGACCCAAGUUCGGCAUUAUUUGUCAAAAGCAGUCUUAUUGUGUUAUUGAUAUGCGCCAUGUUCCAAUGGUUAUUGUAA